AUGAAUAUACUUAUUUUAUUAUUUUACAAUGUCCUAGCAAACCGUUUUCAAGACUCAAAGUCAUAGACAAGCAGUUUCAACUCCAAACAGCAAUACAUAUUUUCUUAAUUCGUAAAGAAAAUUAAAGUAGGCUCUAAAUGUAUUUUAAGCUUCUUUACAACAAGCACUCUUUAAUCAAUAUCAUAUAUCCACACAAGUUAAGUAUUAAAUUAAACUCCAACCCAACAUGAGAUCAGACAAGUUAAAAAGGAAUAAAAUCAGAUCUAAGCCAUACCAGCUUCUUUCAUGGAACUUUAUGAUGAAUUUGAGAAUAAUUACAAAAUUGUUUAGAAGAUUAAAACUGAUCUCAAUAUCUCAAUUGAUAUGAAGUCAAAUGAUUAAGUUCAAUAGCCUUUAGUCAGAUCCUAAAAUUCAAUUAGGAAUCCCUCUUAGGCUGAAACAAAAAUUGCAAAUUUAUAGUUCUGUGAUAUUGAUUAAGAGUUGAAUCAGAGGCUGCAUAUAAAUCGCUUUAAAUUUUAUUACUUCCGAGCUUCAAUAUCGAAAUAAUAAUCUCCUUUAUUACUUACAAUUUAAUUUGAAAAUCAAAUAAAUUCUGCAUAAUACAAAUUAUAUCUUUCUACUUAGCAUGAAUUUCCUACUAAAUUUAAUGCAGAACACAAUCUCACCUCAAAUUUUUGUAAGAUCUAUACUAGUGGUCAUGAGAGCACAUUUCAAGAAAACUAUUUAUAUAUUACCUUCUAUACCGAAAUUGAUGUCGUUGUAAAAAUAAAGAUAACAUUUGGUCGAGUCUAAUAAAGCAAAUCACCCAAAAAGUAAAUAAUAAAAAAAGAAUAUCCAAAAUUUCCUGGUUUAAUAACAAACAUAAAAAUUGAUCUAAUAAAAAGGAAUCUUGAUACAAGUUCAUUUUAAUUGACACGGAGAACAGAUCUAUUGGCUGGAUUACUAGUAAAUAAUUAAUUAACUAUAUUAAAUAGACUGAAAGAGAAUAGAAAAGAAAAUAGGUUAUAUUAAAAAAGUAGGAGAUCGAUUGUGAAUAAAAGAUAAAGUUGAAGACAUAAUAUAGUGCAUAAAUGUUAAGAAACGAUUAUAGAUUAUUUGAAAAGAUUUAUAAGUUAAAGCUAAAUAAAAAGAUCUAGGGAGAGUUGUUUUGGGCUCAACUUGUAAAUUUAAUCUAGUUUUGUGCUGAGCUUAAAACCAAAUUAAUAGUAAGAGAGUUUUCAAUAUGUUUAGUAAUUUAAAGCUCAGAUGAGUGUUAAGGCAAAUGGAAGAAUAAAGGCUUUGAAGUGUGGAUUAAAUUUAUUGAUUUACAUUAGAAAGUUUGGACCCACUCCUGAGAGAAGAUCUUUUUGCAAAAGCCUGUUAGCAGUUCAAAUGUUUACUGCUUAAAUUAGAUUCCCAAGAAAAAGGAAAGCUGAAGCAAUUGCUACUUCUUUUAUAAGGGAAUGUAUUUCCAUUAUACAUUUAGGGCAUAGACUACUCAAGACUAGACAUUAUGGUAAUAAUUCAUAAAUGUUAAUUUAGUAAUUAUUUUGUAGAACAAGUUCAGAUUCUUCUAAAGAUAGAAAAAAAAAUAUUAUGAGGAAUUCUGGCAAUUAGUGAUGCUCAACUACAAAGAAAUCGUUAGGAGUUUAACUCAAAGUAAUCAAAGAUCUAGGAGUAGGAGUUAAAAAUAAAUUUAUGCUUAUCAAAUAGAUAAUCAGAUGAUGCAGUUCCAGAUUGAUAAUUAUUAUUAAAGGCAAAAGUUGAUAUGGUUGGGAUUUAUACGGCAAAAGAUCCAUGACAAACAACUGGAUCUGUAUUUAAAUGAUAGGAAAAGCGAUGAGAUUAGAAAGGCCUUGAUUAAGUUCCAAGAACCUAAACUGUUCCAACUGCCCCAAAUUAAUGAAGUAGCUGAGAUAAUUGAGCUUUAUGCAAAAAAUAAAAAAAUGAUUUGA